AUGGGUCACAGUCUGUUUGGCGUCUCCUCCCCGGCCCCUCGGCGGUACCACUACGUGAGUGAGAGCAGGACGUGGCUGGCGGCUCAGAGCUACUGCAGAACCCUGUACUCUGACCUGGCUACUAUAAACAGCAUGGAGGAUAUGAACAGUUUAACAAAUGAAGUGGAUCCUCUCUACAUCGGUGCGGUAUGGAUCGGACUUAAAAGGGGCACACAGAAGCGCUGGGGUUGGUCUAUGGGCGGCGACACUCUCUCCCAGUACAGUAACUGGGAAGCAGACCCAAAUGUUUACGAUACAGAAGAAGGAUGUGCCACAAAGUACCGAAAUGGAGGAUGGUUUCCAACAAACUGCAACUCUACAUUUCAGUUCGUCUGCUACAGUGAUAAACAAGGCUCAUUCAUUCUCGUGAGUAUUUAUAUAACCUGGAGAGAAGCUCUGCUUUACUGUAGAACGAAAUAUACUGACCUCGCCAGCAUUCGCAACUCAACUGAGCACCAGCAGGUGUCUGAUCUCAUCAAAUUUGUACGCUACGUCUGGAUCGGGCUCUUUUUUGACGCCUGGGAAUGGUCUGACCAAGGGACUUCCUCGUUCCGAUACUGGGGAAUAACACAGCCGCAGAAUCUGUUCCAGGCAGACUGUGUGGCCAUGAUAAAGGGCCUCUCUGGAAAAUGGGAGAACACCAUCUGCGGCCGGAAAUUACCUUUCCUGUGUUACAAAGAAGGAAAACAACAGAUUGUGAGAGUGAAAGUGAGCUCAGAUGGAAACAUUAAUCUGAAUCUCCAGACAGUGAGAUCAGACAUUUUGAAACAGAUUCAGCAGAAUCUGAGGAAUCAAGGCAUGAACCUGUAUGUAAAGCUAAACUGGAGACGAAAUGCUGGAAUCAUUUUUCAACCAGAGGAGAAUAAAGUGGAAAACAGCACGAAGAGGUUAUGUGAUGAAAUGUAGACUUUUCUAAUAAUUGAAAAUAUAUAUAUAUUUUAGCAAA